ACAGAAGCACGUAUCUCACUGAUCUACUAGAAAAAAAGAAGGAAGAAAAACCCCGGGUGUUACUUGUAAAUGAUCUACGUCAGAAGUCGUGGAAAGGAGUUGUCUAAAUAGCAGAGUACUUUCGUGGUUCGGUGAACCGGCACGUUUCUCUAGACACACUAUUUAUAUUUGCUUGCAAUGGGCGACAAUGAUGAACUUGAUUUCGUUGAAGAAGACUACUAUGCAACGUUAAAUUUACCUCGAAACGCUACUCAAGAAGAAAUAAGUAAAGCAUACAGAUAUUUGAGCAGAAUUUUCCACCCGGACAAGCACGGUAAUGGCGAAAACAAAGAGAAAGCAGAACUUAUGUUCAAUCGUACUAAAAAAGCGUAUGAAGUUCUAUCUGAUUCGCAUCAACGAGCAAUCUAUGAUUCACUUGGUGUAAAAGGUUUAGAAACCGAAGGAUGGGAAAUUGUGCACCGAACAAAAACUCCUAAUGAAAUUCGAGAAGAAUACGAACGACUAGCUCGAGAAAGAGAAGAACGUCGUUUACAACAAAAAACUAACCCAAGAGGAAACAUAGCGGUGCACAUCAAUGCAACGGAUUUUUUUAGUCGCUACGAUGAUGAAUUGUACGACACUGGGUUUUUACCAGCCAUCGAAGUUUCAGGCAUGAGCAUGUCGCAGUCUAUUGAAGCUCCACUGUCGCGAACUGAAAUUGCCACUCUAUCCGGUAGCUUACAUCUCCAAAAUGGUGUUGGUAGCGGUAACUUUCUUUUGUCAGGCAAAAGACUUAUUAAUAAGGGUUGGUUCGAGAUUGAUUGUGGUGCUGGAAACGGCCCAGUUUUAGGAGCGAAGGGCUCGCGGAAUUUGACCAACAGAGUCUUUUUCACCGGAGGCACAACUUUCCAUAUCCGCCCUAAUGCAAUCAUACCAGGACUAACUGGAACAAUUGCCAUACAACUGGAUAAGCACACUGUCGGAUACCUUACAUACAAUGCUGGUUUACAGAACUCUAUGUCAACGGUUGUGGAAAAAAAUACUGAAAAGUAUCAUUGUAAUUUGACUGCCACAUUAGGUAUUCCCCAUUGCUUCAUUGCUGCUGGUUAUACAAGAAAACUACUGGAGCAGGGCUUAAAAUUACGAAUUGCUUUAAAAGGUGGCACAUUCGGAUUUCUCUCGGAGUGUGGUGCAGAAAAGAAAAUAUCAAAGUACAGCUCGGUAUCUGCCACGGUCUGUGUUGGUGUACCUUCUGGAGUUACGCUUAGAAUCAAAAUUGUUCGCUCUACGCAAACAUUUCUGUUUCCAAUUCAUCUCAGCGAUGAAAUCAUCCCUGCCGCUGUUUUUUAUGCUACUGUGACACCUCUAUUAACUUACUGCGUAUUGAAAAAAAUGCUAUUUGAUCCUUUGAAUGAAACAGCAAAGCAGAAACAUAUUGAAAAAGUCAAGGAAACUAAUAGAACGAGAAUGGCAGAAAAGCGUAGAGAGGCGGAAUCGGCGAUUGCAUUGAUGGGCGCAUUAUAUGAGCGUAUACGGAUGGAAGAGCUUAAAUGCCAAGGUCUAGUCAUUAUAUCUGCCAUGUAUGGAAAGUUCAGGGAUAUUGAAAAUGUGUCUGUUGAAGAAACCGAUAAUAUGGGUUUUGUACAACAUAAUCCGUUUUUAAUCGAUGUACGAAUUCCUUUACAGUGCUUAGUCAAAGAUUCUCGGUUAACGUUAUACGCAUCCAGCAAGAGUGAGCUUCCAGGAUUUUAUGACCCUUGCUUUGGGGAAGAAAAACAACUCAAAAUUGAUUAUGAGUUCAGAAACAAUACGUUUAGCUCUGUGUUCGACGAUUUGGAUUCCGUUCAUCUGCCCGUGGUGUCCAAUGUAUCCUAAUAGUAAUUUGCAAUAAACAAAUCAGCCUAUACAUUAUUGCGAACAAGAAAGGAGUUGAAAUGACGCAAACUCGAUUGUACAUCAGAAGCCUAAAUUGAGAUAGAAAUCGCUGCUUUCUAGGUCGUGCUGUUGAUUUGUAGAGCUCAAUAAAAUAUCUUUCAU